UCGAAAACCCUAAUUUUCAUCGUCUUCGUCGCCACCGUUUCCAUUCUCCACGGCGCUCUGCAACUGAACGCCUGAAAAUGCCGUUCAAGAGGUACGUUGAGAUCGGAAGAGUUGGCCUCGUUAACUAUGGAAAGGAUUAUGGAAAGCUCGUAGUGAUCGUCGACGUCAUUGAUCAAAACAGGGCUCUUGUUGAUGCUCCUGACAUGGUGAGGAGCCAAUUGAACUUUAAGAGGCUAACACUCACAGACAUCAAGAUCGACAUCAAAAGAGUUCCAAACAAGAAAACUCUUGUUGCUGCUUUGGAGGCUGCUGAUGUCAAAAACAAGUGGGAAAGCAGCUCGUGGGGAAGAAAACUCAUUGUUCAAAAGAAGAGAGCCUCCCUUAACGAUUUUGAUAGGUUUAAGAUUAUGUUGGCAAAGAUAAAGGAGGCGGGAGUCGUUAGGCAAGAGCUAGCCAAACUUAAGAAGGAGACCACGGCGUGAUUUGUUAUUUGUGGUCGAAUUGUUUCCGAGUUGGUUCGUAGGAGCUUGUGUUUAAUCUUUUACAAGUGAUUGUUAGAAUUUUGGCCGAUUCAAUUUUGAACUAUGUUGUUUGUUGCCUGUGUC